UUACGAUUAUAUUGUGAAAGUUGGUGAAAAGUGGUUUGAUCGAUAUGAAAUUGAGUCAUUGAUUGGAAAGGGCUCCUUUGGACAGAUAAAAUGUUGUGGAUAACCUAAUGGAUGAGGCUGGAGCUGGGAAAGAAGGAUUGCCAGCAGGUAAAUAUGAAGGACAGACUCCAGCAACUAAUAAUAUUCCCAACAUGAAUUGUGUGAUGACAAGUGAAGAUCAAACAGAUGAUGUAGACUUUGCUGGYGGUGCACAAACAUUUUAUAGCAGAAUUCCAACAAAGUUUCGAGACCCAAGUGGAGCUCCAUUGCGGAAAUUAAGUGUGGACUUGAUUAAGACAUAUAAACAGAUAAACGAGGUGUACUAUGCCAAGAAAAGGAAAAUAAAACCAAAUGAUCCAGUCAAUGACAGUGGAUCAAAGAAAGAGAAACGGGUAUAUAAUGAUGGUUAUGAUGACGAAAAUUACGAUUAUAUUGUGAAAGUUGGUGAAAAGUGGUUUGAUCGAUAUGAAAUUGAGUCAUUGAUUGGAAAGGGCUCCUUUGGACAGGUUUGCAAAGCGUAUGACCACCAAGAAAAGGAACAUAUUGCAGUCAAAAUCAUCAAAAAUAAAAAGCCAUUUUUAAAUCAAGCACAAAUUGAGGUUAAAUUGUUGGAAUUGAUGAAUCGACAUGAUCCUGAAGGCAAAUAUUACAUAGUUCGCUUAAAGAGACAUUUUAUGUGGCGGAACCAUCUUUGCUUAGUGUUUGAACUGCUGUCUUACAAUUUAUACGAUUUACUUCGCAACACAAACUUUCGAGGAGUUUCUCUUAAUUUAACUCGAAAAUUUGCUCAGCAAAUGUGCACUGCUCUGCUAUUUCUAUGCACUCCUGAACUGAGCAUUAUCCACUGUGACUUAAAACCUGAAAAUAUAUUAUUGUGCAAUCCAAAAAGAAGUGCUAUCAAAAUUGUGGACUUUGGAAGCUCUUGUCAAAUAGGCUCAAGGAUCUACCAGUAUAUUCAAAGUAGGUUUUAUCGGUCACCGGAAGUGCUGUUAGGUAUCCCAUAUAACCUUGCGAUUGAUAUGUGGAGCCUCGGUUGUAUUCUGGUUGAAAUGCACACAGGGGAACCGUUAUUUAGUGGAGCAAAUGAAUUCGACCAGAUGAUGAAAAUUGUGGAAGUUUUAGGCAUGCCUCCAAAAGAAAUGUUGGAUGAAUCGCCGAAGGCUAGAAAGUUUUUUGAUCGUUUACCUGAUGGGACGUACGUGUGCAAAAAGAGUAAAGAGGGAAAGAAGGAAUACCUACCUGAGGGGAGCCGAAAGCUUCACGAUGUCUUAGGCUGUGAGACAGGUGGGCCAGGAGGUCGACGGCUCGGUGAACCUGGCCACACACUGCAGGACUAUUUAAAAUUCAAGGAUCUUAUUCUAAGAAUGUUAGAUUUCGAUCGCAAUAACCGAAUAACACCUUAUGCAGCUUUACAUCACUGCUUUUUCAAAAAGACAGCCGAAGAAGGAACAAACACGACACAUUCCGCGACAUCUUCCCCUGCGCAAGGUUGCACUACCACUGACACUCCCUCGAACACUACCAGCGCUGCUGGCAACCGCGCAUGCUCAGAUCCUACAGCGCAUGGUUCAGUUGCAUCAUCAGCAAUGGAAUGUGAUAGCCCAAGCACUAAGGGCCAAACCACAUGGAGCAAUUCGGGUGCAAAUUAUAAACAAACAAUAGAACGUACAGCUUCGAAUGAUUCAGAAUCGAGAGGCGGUACUCAGGCUGUACACAUGGGAGCAUCAAACACUUUAAGUGAAGGCUCGUCAGCAUAUAGUUCCGCGUCUGUAUCUGCACACAGCGGCGAAGUAGGACGCGGGACAGGACGGAAUUACGUUCAUGGUUCACGGGUUUACUACAGCUCGGAAACCAUGUCUAAUUUUUCAUCAUCGAGUUCUUGUAAUUCAAUGAACAUGGAACAGCCGCCUCAGAUCGGCACAAACUCCGGCGUAGGAUCUACGACAGAGGUCUGCUCCAAUCGCAAUUACACAGGUUCCGCAACAUCACAAGAUGCGAAUUAUUCCACAACAAAUAAUACAUACGAAUACUACUCAUCAGGAACAAAUGCCGUACCGAAUCAGCGUGGGACCAAUCGAAGGGAUAUUGUACAACAACAUUCUACUGGUGAGGAUUCUCCCAUGGUAGGAGUUUGUGUUCAACCCAGUCCUGUUGUGAGCAACUAGCAACAUGCAAGUUGGAUUGGCUUGUUUAUUUUACAUCUCGUGAGACGGCGAGAGGAAGGCUGGCUCUGUGAGACAGAAGGAGACCAGGGAUAUUCCCUGCGUGGCUGCAGCCCGCCGUGCCAAUGCACGCAACGUGAUGAAUACAUCUUAUCACGUCAGGAUACCGUGCACUAAAAAGCGUGGCAGUGCUUUACGAUCAACGCCAUGCUCUCAAGGAUGGAAGGUUUUAUUUUAGGGAUAACAGGGAUCUUAGAUUGCGUUAUGUUGACCGAAUACCGCUGCGUGUCCGACAGUUUGCGACUCAGUUCUCACUGCAAAUCCUACUUUUCCGUUGAAAGUUUUGAUUUUAAACAAGAGAUAACAUCGAGUCUAAUAGGGACCAAGUAUUUAUUGGCUCGCAUGAACGUAACUGGGAAGUGGGACUAAUUUUUUUAGGGGGKUUUGAGGGAGGAAGGGGUUGAAUCCCAAACGCUUUAAGUUCCACCURUGAACUCCUCAUUUUGUGAACGGGAAUCAAAUGAAAAAAAGGAAUAGAAAAAAACAGUCGUACUAAAAUAUUGGACUAAUAUAUACUAGGAACAUUUUAAAAUUAUGUUUCAGCUGUUUUUAUACAUGUAUAUUUGUUAGACAGAUUUGUUUUUAAUGAUUUUAGACCAUGUUUGAGCGUAAAUCUCUGCUCAUUUGUUUUACUGUAGUGGAUGCCUUAGGCUUGUAAGCAAUUUCGAGGUCAACUUUGGUAGAAGGGAAAACGGCAAAGUCUUUUUUUGACUCGUUCAUUCUAAGGACAAACACCUCGAGUCCCMGGUCACUUGCUUGCAGCGCGCAAUAGGACAUCGCGCGUGACCUAGGACUASUGCUACCAGGUUGAGAUGUUGAAAUACACUCUUUGUUAAAACUUUAUUCAAACCUAGUUUGAAUUUCAAUAUCUCAAAGUCAGUAUACAGCUUUAAAACCGUUACAAAAAAGCUUUAUUUUUACUUUUUAUCUCUGGAAUUUAUUUAUUUUUGUUGGUUGAAAGUUUAGGAAAAGGAAGCCCAUUCUGACGAAUAUUUGUGUUCAUUGUCGUAGGAUCUUGGAAUAGUUGCAUAAUCGAGUUUGGGCUUCCUGUUUGUACGAGACUAUUUUCAACAUUGAAUCAGUUCAUUGUGGGUCUAUAGCAUGGUGCGAUGGGAAAAGUGAACCACUACAUCAAUGAUAACAUUUUUUUAAUUAAAUCAGUCCCACCGCUAGAUUACACUUUUUAUUCCGCAAGCAACAGAGUCGUAAUGUUUUAUUUAUUGUUUUUAACCAAUUAAAAGACAGACAAAUGAACCUCCA